CCUCCCUUGGGGAGCUGCAGGGGGCUGCGCUCUGGGGGAUGCCGAGGAGAGGAGAUCUUGAAUGAAUUGAGCCAAUUGCUUUGGCAAACAGCCACUGUCACAGGAACCGUGUCACUGGGAGGAAAAGAAGCGGGUUUCAAGUUCCCUGAACUGCUCUGAGAGGAGUGGUCCGAGGCCACAGGAACCCUGGGAAGACCUGUGAGAAGGUGUUCGCAGCUGGGUCCAGGGACCAGUCGCUGAGAACUGUAUUUGUAUAUCCUGGACACCAUCACAGUGAACGAGGAUGGAGGAUGUUGAUUACAACUCUUCUGUCGCCUACGAUGAUGAGUAUUUGGAUGACUUUGAACCCAUUGUGGUUUUGGAGGAGUACUCUCCACUGGAAGCCAGGGUGCUCAGGAUCUUCCUGGUGGUGGUCUACUGCAUCAUCUGCUUCCUGGGGAUCCUGGGUAAUAGCCUGGUUAUCAUCAUUUGCACUUGCAAGAUGAAGAAGACGGUGAACACCGUGUGGUUCCUUAACCUGGCUGUGGCGGAUUUCCUGUUCAAUGUUUUCCUGCCAAUCCACAUUGCCUACACAGCCAUGGACUACCACUGGGUGUUUGGGAAAGCCAUGUGCAAAAUCAACAACUUCCUGAUCAACUACAACAUGUACACCAGCGUCUUCUUGUUGACCAUCAUCAGCCUUGACCGCUGCAUCUCGGUGCUUCUUCCUGUCUGGUCCCAGAACCACCGCAGCCUCCGGCUGGCCUAUGUGGCCUCUGUGGCUAUCUGGAUCCUGGCUUUCUUCCUGAGUUCUCCAUCCCUUGUCUUCCGUGACACCAUCGAUGUUCAUGGGAAAACAUACUGCUUCUACAACUUCAGCCUGACUGGGACUGGGACUGGGCCUUCCCACCAUCCUGGUGGCCACUCCACAGACCCCGUGGUGUACAGCCGCCACCUGAUGGUGACCAUCACGCGUUUCCUCUGUGGCUUCCUGCUCCCCAUCCUCAUCAUCACAGUUUGCUAUCUCACCAUUGUCUUCAGGUUGAGGCGCAACCGCCUGGCCAAGACCAAGAAGCCCUUUAAAAUAAUUGUAGCCAUUAUUGUCACCUUCUUCCUCUGCUGGGGUCCCUACCAUACACUCUACCUGCUGGAGCUCAGGCAAGCCACGGGGUCCAGCUCCGUCUUCAGCUUGGUCAUGUCUCUGGCCUCCGUCAUCGCCAUUGCUAACAGCUGUGUGAACCCCAUCCUGUACGUCUUCAUGGGUCAGGAUUUCAAGAAGUUCCAGGUGGCCCUCUUCUCCCGCCUGGCCAAUGCUCUGAGCGAGGACACCGGCCACUCCUCUUACGCUAGCCACAGAAGCAUCACCAAGAUGUCAUCAGUGAAUGAGCGGACUUUGAUGAAUGAGAAGGAGACCAGCAUGCUUUGAGUCUCACUUGGGAAAGCCCCAGAGGGCACUCCCAACCCAGGGA